UCUACAUCUGUGUACAGACGUUACCGUCCAAGGACCUUCACAUUUUCGACGUAAGAGUUGAUUGCGCACACCUGUUCAAUUUGAGAGACUCGUGUAUAGGUUGGUUGACUUGAGAACGUUCUCCAUCAAGUUGACGGAUUGAUUUACAAUGGAGACUCCCCUCCACUUGACCUCUGUUUUACUACAACUCUUGAUCAGCGGCUUUUCACUUGGCUCGUCCCCGACCACGUCAAAUCUAGCUGACGAGUUUGGCGAUUCCGUUUUAUACCAACAUGGCAGUAUCUUGUCACCCCUUUUGAAGGCGCUGACAGCACAGGGAGAUCCAUGGCGAUCCACCCCAGUAAUGAGACCCGAGUCGAGAUAUGUUCGAUACAUGAAACGACUGUACAGGAUAUCUUCAAGACAUGAGAGGAGUUCGGAAGGGAACAACCACUUGUACAACACAGUUCGACUUAUAACACCGCGGGACGAGUGCCUGGAGCAAAGCAAAGAGUUCUUCAUGCAAGACCUCUCCUACAAUUUGGGCCGUGUCAGAGCCAAGGAGCAGCUCCUGAAGUCUGUCCUGCUGUACUCCUUCGACCAAGAGCAGGCCACGUUCAUGACUAACCAGUGUUACCAAGAUGUGAAAGAGCAGGAUACCCACAAUCAGUGUCCUCUCUGCCCAAGCACCCAUCACUCAGUUAACUUCCUGUUCCACACGGACCGCAGGAGGAAGUGGGUUGAGGUGGACAUCACAGCUUUCCUCCGCCCUCUCAUCCAGUCCCACAAGAAGGACAUUCACCUACUGCUCAACCUGACCUGUGUGGAGGGCAGAGGCAGGGAGGCUAAGGCUGGAGGAGAGGAGUGGAGCGGUAGGAGCCCCGUGGAGCUCCACCUAAGGUCUCCGUCCUUGCUGCUGUACCUCAACGACACCAGCGAGCUGGCUCACCAAAGAUGGCUGCCCACCAGGUCACAAGGUCAUCCGAGGUCGGUCAAUGAGGUGGACACCUUAGAGAGCCUGGCGGAGUUCAAACCAGAGCAAAGGAUCAUCCGGAGCGAGAGGAGGCGGCUGAGGAGAGAAUCUCCAUAUCUGUCGACGAACAACGCAGGAGACAAAACGAGCACGAAGACCUUCCUCCCGGACCUCCUCCCAAGUUCUGACUUCCCUACGAGCGACUGUGCCUUGUACGACUUCAGAGUGAGCUUCAGUGAGCUCAAACUGAGCCAUUGGAUCAUUUUCCCCCACAGGUACAACCCAAGGUACUGUAAAGGCACCUGUCCCAGGGCUGUGGGGUUCAUCUACGGCUCCCCCAGACACACCUUCUUCCAGAACAUGAUCUACCACAAACUGGACUCCUCUGUGCCAAGACCUUCCUGUGUUCCUUCAGAGUACGACCCCCUGAGUGUUUUAACCCUUGAAGCUGACUCCAUCGCCUACAAGGAGUUAGAUGAAAUGAUCGCUACGAGGUGCACAUGUCGCUAAAGGCCCACCUCCAGGGUCGGGCUCAAUUCCAUUUCAAUCUAAACUGAAAUUCCAAUUGUUCUAAAUAGUUUUCAAUGUAAAAAAAAAAAAAUAUAUAUAUAGAUAUACACUUGCUCCAGCUGAUCUGGAAAGGGACUGAAUUGAAAUGGAAUUGACCCUACCUACCUUCCUGCCUGAUGACGUUUUACCAGCCUCAACACUUUGACUGUUAACCUACCUUCUGCUUUGACUGUUAACCUACCUUCUGCUUUGACUGUUAACCUACCUUCUGCUUUGACUGCCGCUCGACUUAUUCCAUCCUCAAGCGCUUGACUUCAAUUACUUCCUCACAUUAAUUGGCUAUUGUAACAUCCUGGUCUUGUGACUUCAUGUCAAAACAUCAGUGUCUUUGUCAAAACAUCAGUCCGUUGAGUUCGAUUUGAUCUAGAACAGAUGUAUUUACUCACUUGCCAAAGUAUUUUUAUCUGAAUGGAAGAUGUGGCAUUAGUUUCUUUGUUUAUGUGAAGUGAUAGGAGGAAUGUUGUGAAGAUGUCUUGUUUGUCAUCUGCUUUUGCAAUGUGUUGACAUGCAUGGAUUGAUAUUUUACAAAUUUAAUUUGAUAUAAUUUAUUAUUAAUAUGAUUUAAGUUAUUUUUGUUAAUUUAUUUUGGGUGUUUUGUCAUUAUUCUUUCACACUAACUGGUACAUUUUAAGUACAUCUGUUCUGGACAAAAUAUUGUUUUAAAGUAGUCCUAUACACUCGUAUCAAACACUUUCACGUUUCAUUUUAGUCCUGGGGAUUGCAGACGGUUGUUUUAUGGACAACCUCUCUCUUUCAUACGGUCCAGAAUGUAAGUUAUCUUGUAUAGCCAACUUGAUGUUUCAGUGUGUAUUUAUUACCCUGGGUCAUGAAAUGACUGCAUACCUAUAUGAAUUUGUAUUGGCAAAUUUAACUAAAAUGCACGUCGUCUAUUUAUGCAACAACAACAAAAAAUAUUGUACAGUCUCGUUUGGCUCACUGAUUAUCACAAUGUUUAAAUUUGAUAACUUAAAAUAUUAGUUUGAAAAAAAAUAAAGAGUACACAAAGA